UGUAGAAUACAGUGAAAAUUGCGGUGCGAAUUAGGUGUUGCAAGCGCUAAAUAUAGCGGUACAAUGACGAGAUCUGGCUGUAACGUGGCAUCGCGGGCGCCGGGAGCUCGAGCUCCUGCUAUAAAUUGCUAUUCUUUUUUUAUUUAUCGCGUGGCAAAGAACGAACCAAACCACGGAGAGAGACGGUAGAGCAGGUGCCAUUCGCAAAACCAGAUUUUCGAUGGUAAAGGCACCUGUAUUGUCGAGCGCUUCACAGCAGCAGCAGCAGAAGGCGCAGUGUCCCAAGGAGAUAAUCCAUCAGCCGUCUUCGGUGGCGGCUACCUCCUCCUCCUCCUCGCAGGUGCUGAUCCAUCAGCAUCAGCAGCAGCAGCAGCAGCUUCACCAUCAGCAACAUCAUCAACUCCAUCAGCAUCAUCCUGUUCAGCAUCAGCACCAGCAUCAGCAGCCGCUAUUUAGCUAUCCUCCACCCUUGCAAGCGACAGCCGCGCGCACCCACGCUACCUACUUCCAGCAGCACCACCCGCUCGGCACGGUGAAGAAACAUCGCCGAGUUCAGGUCCAGAUGGCCAGCGAACCUCCGGGAGGAGGAUGCGUCGGGGUGGCCGGUAAUGGUGGGAUUGUCGUCACGAAGACGGCCACAUCGGCUGCGAUUGCUGUGGUGGCACCUACGGCCCGGACUGCAGUUACCAUGGCCAGCGGUUCGCUAAACAACUGUAUUACGGUUGGGGGCACUACGGUCGCCUGCAGUGCAACUCCCGGCGCAAUGGCGACAACGCUCGGGCAAACACAACAACCCAUCCUUACACUAGCUCCAAGUACAACGGUUCCCGCCGCGGGAAUCAAGCUGACCCAGCAGCAGCAACAGCAACAACAGACACAAGCACAGCACCAGCAACAGCAACAGCAACAACAACAGCAGCAACAGCAACAGCAACAACAGCCAACGCUACAACACCAACGAAUUCAAUCGUUGCACCAUAUCCAUCACCAUCAUCACCAUCAGCUGAUCAAUGGGAUUCCGGCGGCCACCCCAGCGGGGCAGCGUAUGCCGGCGAAUGCAGCGGCUGCGGCUGCUGCAGCGGUUGCAGCCGCGGCCACCCCAACCGCACCGGCAGCGACCGGAUGGCCGGUGGUGGAGCCAGUGUUUCACUUCGGAUCCGGCUUUGAGUUGGAGACACGUCCUUACUGCCCGCGUCAUACGCCCUCGCUGGACCACGUUGUCCUUUUCCAUGUGCGACCUGGCGUGGCGGUCACUUUCCAGAUCGCAGGCAACCGAGAAACGAUUCGAGGCCCCGUCACGCUGCCGAUGGUGUCACAAAACCCCACACCUCCGAUGGCCAUGCCGAUGCAGGUUCCGCACGGCCACAUGAUGCAGCAGAUCGUCGACGAAAAUGGGACGCUGAGGCACGUCAUCCUGUCCACCCAGCCGCAGCAGCUCGCCCAGGGCGGCGUCCAGCACCAUAUGCAUCCUUCGUUUACAAAUGGAACUGCGAUGCCCUUCUUCAAUCCAAUUGCCGGCUUUCAAACGGGGCCCGGUGCCGGAGGGCCUCAGAUGUACCCUCCGCAGCUCAUUGCCGGCGGAGCGAAUGGCAACAACGGAGCGGGCGGAGCGGCGGGAGGUGGUGCCGGUGGCACGCACGGUCUUCACACACCGCAGGGUAAUGUGGGGCAUUCGCCUUCGCCACCGUCACACACCAACACCAGCUACCACAAGGACGAGCGAGCCCAGCGGCAGUACUCGAAGAUGCAACGCAAGUUGGACCAGAAGCAGCGAGAAUUGAAUGCAUCUGCGACGACGCCAAUCAAUUCACCUAGAAAGCAUGUGGAGCUGAAUGGUAGCGGUGGCCAAAGGAAGUCCCAUCUUUCGCACCCCGUACUGCCGAACCAUCUGAUGCAUCAACGCAACGGGACGGCGCAUACGCUGGUGGUUAACAACACACCGACGUUGGGAGCGUCCGAAGAGGACACAUCCAGCGCUCCGGACGAGGAGGAAGACAACACGCAGUCGAUCAUUGUGGACCACUUGAGUUCAGUUCCUUCGCCGCAGGUGACCGAAAUAACGUCACGCACGGCGUUGCUCCAGUGGUCACCACCAACGACGGCACUCACGGCGGGAUCCGCUGCCCCGAUGCCACAAGGCGUCGUCUCGAACACUGUCGAACCGUUGCCGUUCAACGUGCAGGAUCUGCACUACGAGGUGCUGCUGAGUGACCAUGGCAAGGAGAACAAGUAUAAGAGUAUCUUCAAGGGAACGUCACUGUCGUGUAAGGUGCAGGACUUGCGUCCGGGGCAGGAGUACACCGUGCGACUGCAGGUGUACCUCGACCAGCUGCACGGUACGCCAACCGAGCCGACGGUGUUCAAUACGCCCGGCUGCGAGCCGGACGUUCCGGCGCAACCAAAACUGCUGGCACGCACCAAGAACACGCUGCAGCUGCGCUGGAAUGCCCCGGCCGACAACGGUUCGAGCAUCAUCCACUACAUCCUGGAGUACGACAACGGAAAGAGCAACGGUGUGGAGGCAAACGAGUUCACCGAGGUGGUCAAGACGAAGGGCAAGCAGUUCCAAGUCAACAAACUGCAGCCCUCGACGACCUACUACUUCCGGUUGUCGGCCGUGAACGAGUUCGGCCGGAGUGGCUACUCGAUUCCGAUGAAGUAUACUACGAGUGGCAAUGUGCCGGCAGCACCGGUACCACCGACGCUUCGACACGCCACCGCCACCACUCUGAAGCUGGCCUGGCAGCGUCGCUCGGAGUGCGAAAAAUUCGCGCUACAGAUGAACGACGAAACAGAUAGCGGUUUCCGCAACGUGUACUACGGCAUGGACACGCAGUACGAGUGUGUGGGUUUACGGCGCGCUACGACAUUCCAGUUUAGAUUAAUGGCCAUUAACGAUGAGGGUAAGGGACCAUUUAGCGAGCAGGUGUUCUUCCGGACGCUUCCGACUUGCCCGGGCCGACCGGCGAAACCGCAGGUGAAGGGCAAGGUGCAUGCCAACGGGUUCCGGGUGAAGUGGGAUCCGCCGCAUGACACGGGAGGCGCCGAGAUCGGGCUGUACCAUCUGGAGAUAAGCUCGGGUGCGCACUACGAACGUGUUUACACCGGCAAGGAGUCGGAGGCGAUGAUCGAGCGGCUGAACCCCGGCACGGCUUACCAGAUUCGCGUGCUGUGCCAGGGCCCGGGAGGAAGCAGCGCCUGUUCGGAGCCAUGCCUGGUGACGACGGACCCGGUAACGCCCGGUCAGCCGCAGAAACCCUUCUGCAAGUCUCCUCCGACGCCGUACGCGGCCUGUCUUGCCUGGGACAAACCGGACUACAACGGGGGCUCGCCCGUGCUGGAGUACGAGAUGGAGAUGGAAACGGUCGGCACGAAGGUGCGCAGCGCGGUCUACAAAGGUAAGGAGUUGUUCUGCGUGGCGAAGGAUCUGCAGCCGGGCGAAAAGUAUACGGUGCAGGUGCGGGCACUGAACCGCAUCGGAGCGGGCCCGUGGUCCGAGGAGUUCACCUUCAGUGCCGGUGCGGCGCAGCCCGAAACGCCGCGCGAUCUCACGAUCGUGCUCAAGUCGCCAACGCAUUUAACUGUGAUGUGGGCCGAGCCGCACAGCAACGGGUCACCGAUAAGCGAGUACAUUCUUCAAUCCAGUGCCGAUUCGACGUCGUCGCCGUCGUCGUCGUCGUCGUCCACCAGUGACAGUGACGGUGCCGCACCAACCGAUGCCUCCCUCUACCAGACGGUGUACCGCGGUGCGAGUCGUUCGGCGGACGUGCGAAACCUACAUCCCUUCUCGCGCUACCACUUCCGCGUGUGCGCCCUGAACGCGGCCGGAAGCUCACGCUUUUCCGUUCCAAUCACGCAGCAAAUGCCGGCGGCUCCGCCGAACGCCCCCCUGCUCGGGGAGCAAAAGAUUACGGCCAAGAGUAUACUUAUAAGCUGGCAGGCACCACAUGACAACGGUUCCCCGGUCACGCAGUACAACAUCGAGUGUGGCGAUCGGCUGCUAACGACGGAUGCCUCAAGUGCCAGUGCUGCAGCAGCCAACGCAGCAGCAACAUCCGACCGCGCAUCGGCGGUUAAUGCGAACUACGCCAACGAUGACGAGGACGACGAGGAAGAAGACGAUUACGAUGAGGAGGAGGAAGCCUCCGUUGGCAGCGGCGGAUCAUCCGACGAGGAUGAUCAUCAUGAAGAUCACCACCCGGUGGCGAAGGCAGCGACGAAUUUAGUAGAUAGCAAAUUAGGCCGCUCAUCGAGAGGAACUGUUGCCGCAGCCGUCAGUCCGGCACAUUCAACGAAAAGUGGUCACCACAAAGCUGUCGGUGGUGGUGGUGUCGUCGAGACAAAUAAAAACAUGCUUCUGAUUGGCGACCUACACCCCGAGACUUCGUACAAGCUGCGGAUACAGGCGGUCAACGGUAUCGGUACCGGGCCGUUCUCGACUUUCGUCAAGUUUACGACCGCCCCGUUACCACCGAAGCCGCCAAAACUCGAGUGUGCCCAGGCUGGCUUCGCGCAUCUGAAGCUACGCUGGAGCGAAGGCAAGAAUCUCGAUCUCGCGCGGUACUACGUCGAGAUGGAGAACAGUCGCACGGGCGAGUACCAGAACGUGUACACGGGCAGCCGGACCACUUGCAAGGUGAUGAAACUCCACGAGCUCACCACCUACACCUUCCGGAUAUGCGUCGAGACGCGACACGCCGGCAAGGGUGACUUUUCGGAGGGUUUCUCCUUCACCACGACGGCCACCUCACCUAACAGCAUCAAAGCGCCUCGCGUUUGCCUCGAUCCGGCAACAACGAAUGGAACAGCCGGCGGCGGCGGUGGUGAUGCUGCUUGGGACAAUUGGCACGGAUCGCUCACAAUCGAGUGGCAAACGAGCCGCAACAAUCCAUUCAAUGAUCCCAUCGAGUACAUUUUACAGAUGGCCAAAGCUAAGGACCAAGAUUAUCAUCAGGCCUACCGUGGACCAGAAUCACGCUAUACGGUGUCCAACCUACAGUACGGAGUGAGCUACGCGUUCAAGGUAUGUCCGGUGCGCGUACGCCAGAACGGAGAGCAUGUGGCAGGUCCAUUUUCCCCGGUACUGCACCACCAUCUGUCCAAUGCCAUUGCGCAUCGAGCGAGUGCAAACGGUGGCACAGCGAGUGGUCACCGGUCCGGCACGGACGACGUCGAUGGGCGUACGCUGUUCCAAGGGAAUGUGGUCAACAGUCGCGGUGAGUUAGUACUAACCAAGUCCGCAGCCGGCGCUAUGCUGCUGGCGGGCAACAAUGGUUACGGGCCGGACGUUGGCGGCUAUCACGCGGGCGGACAGGUGAAGGGUGACGGCUCGUCGACGGGUGGCCUGAUGAGCUCCUCGACGAUGCAGCAGCUGCAGCGGUUCUUCGAGCCCGACUCGAGCAAGGCGGUCGUCGCUGUGGUUGUGUGUUUCUUGCUCUCCAUGAUCGUUGCAGCUUUUCUGAAGUAAGCGUAGUAGGCCGUCGUGUAAUAAUCCACUCAUGUGUUGUCCACUCGAUGUUUCGUGUCCUUUGGGUGUCUGGGAGCAGGGGGCGUGUAUGUGGCGACCAAAUGGGGGCAUGCAUUAAUCAAUGUGUUUACCAAGGAGGAUAUCGUUCAUUCCGAAAUGUUUUUUCUUUUUUCUAACGCCACGUAAAUCUAGCUUAAAAUCAUUGCCUACUACAAGCAGAAAUAUGCAAACAGAAGCCCAAUGUGAAGGUGUCGAACUUUCAGAUCCUCGUGAAGGUAGAAACAUGCUGCUUUAUGAAUCAAAUAAUAUAAACAUUGAAUAAGAAAAAACAAACUGGAAAAACAAACAUUAUGUGAUGUACCCACUAACACUUAUACUUUGUAUCGAAUAAUCUACUCACAAAUUCUAUCGUAUGUUGGCCGGGGACCACACCGGUGAGUCAAAACCAAUUCAGCACAGUACCACCAAGAACCCCAAAGGCAAUACGUAAAGAGCCCAAUGGGCUCUUCUCGUCUUCGUCUUGUGGGUAAUCGUAUCGAUCUAUUCAACAUUGAACGGUAUACUAAAUGUCCGCUCCGUCUACCGACAUAAUCCACUCGCUUAAUAUAAUAUACUUGCAACAUACAUUACAUUCGUACACAGGAAUCAGAAGUAAAGGAUGCGCGAAUCCGUCUCGUGCUGAGGUGGAAACUUUUUAUCAGGCUUUCUCUUGCCCUUUAUCUCUAAAUUACAAAGCUACUCUAUAGAAAAAAAGGAUGUCGGUAAACAAUCAAUUAGAAAAAACGAAAAUUAACUGAGCUGAAGCUAGCUGCUCACAGUGAACGACUGGUUUCUUACAACUAAUAAAACGAUAACUAUAGGGAGCGGUUCAAUGAAGGAGAAGGGUGAUGGACAGUACAGUGGCAUUUGGAAUUAAUAGCUAAUUAGAACAAGCAGCCUACAGAAGAGCGAAAAGCAUGUGUGUCCGCCGUGGAACUGUGUUAAAUUUGCUAUAUUGUUUAUACCAAUUCAAUUAAUUCCGCGUUGUUUCGGUUUUGGGGGUGAUGAUCAUUUGUGAGGCAGUAUGUAGGAAAACCUUGGCCCCUUUUUCCGUGGUAGCGAAGGUUGUUGGCCUUCGAAGACGAACAUAAGAAUGCUAGGAUGAAUGUUCCGGACAAAUUACUUUGCAGCCUGUAAAAACUACAACACACUCUUCGUGGGUCUCUGCUAUGUGUGUGUGUGUACGGAGAAUAGAAAAUGACAAACUAAUGGACACAAAUAAGUAUUAUUAAUGGUAAACCCAGCCCUUUACUGCAAAGCAGAGAGGAAACACAGGAGAGUAAAACACUGUAAAACAAACAAAAAAAAAUCAAACAAAAGUCGAAUGUCGGCACCAUCUAGACCCCCAUCUCGUAAUCCAUAAUCUCCUAGAAAUAUAGCUCAUAAGUGAACAGAAACGGUUUAUUAACGGUACAUCAUCACCAAGGAGCGCUGCGCGCAAGAUACACUAUACAUUAACGCUUCAGGGUAGCUUCGGGGACGACGGAGGCGAACGAAUGGAACGAAAAAAAUAUGUAGCUCCAUGUAUUCCUUUCCCCGCUGAAACGAACAAGCGAACGAAUAGCUAACAACUGUUGUCACUCGCGUUAUUUGUUUAGAGACAGUUUCAAACCGGAGAAGUGCGGACGGGUCAAACGAAAAAAAAAGGACUUCCCAUUGAACAACAUUCACGAACGAGAACAGUGACACGGCCGGCAUCGUUGGUGGUGUAACCGUAACGAACGCAUUCCAUAAGGCAAAAGUGUGUACUGGUAUGCUGUUAAUCUGUUGUUUUAACAUGUUUGUCUACCACUUUUAAAUUCCAUGUUGCUACUUAUUAGAACGAAGAAGGGAAAACAUAGACUCACGAACGUUCAUUGGUGAACAUGCGACCGCAGAUAGGGUUGGUCCUCGGAUUCACAACGGAUCUUUCGAUGCAAUAUACGCACAAAUCAAACAGGUGAAUGGUAGCCGAACCCCAAAAAAAACAAAGAUUGUACUUAAGUUGUAACGUUCUUACAUAACCACCAGUUAUCCUUCAACCAAUCUAAAAACGAGGAUCAAUUUGAUCAAUCAGAUUGCCGCACACACGUGCGCGCGAUCGCUUCCGUAAUUCCACAUGACAGUAGGCUUCCUAAUCUGUUUCUAUACUUUUUUCUUUCCACGUGGGACGUGACGUGCACGUUGAAAAAACACACCGAAUGGACAAAAUUAUACUACGCAACACGAACACAGUAAUAGUUCCAAUCCAUUUGGAAUCGUUUGGAGAAAAGCCCCUAAAUGCAUUUUUUUAUAUAUAUACAUAAAUUAUGUAGUUUGAAUGUGCAAUUUUAUUUAACUAUAAAUGUUGUAGCCAAUUUUUCUUGUUUUCUUGCAAUAAACUGCGGAACGCAACAAUCGUUUCCUAUCCGCAGCGGAUAUUUAUUUAAGAUUAAUUAUUGUUUCUCAACUUCCGUUGGUAUACCAUACGAGUAGAAGAAGAGGGGCGGCGAGGCGCAGUGCAAAUGAUUUAGAUGAAAUAUACGCGGGUUAUUAAUAGGGCUUUGAUAUUCCAUUCGCAGAAUAUGUGCAUUUUAUGUUCGACCUACUUAUUCCAUUACCUAAUCACCUUUUAUAUUCGUUUAUUGUACGCAUGUGUGUCUCGCACUACUAGCAUGAAAGGGAACGUACAUUUCUAUUCAAGUCAAUGUUAUUACGCAAACAUUAUUGAUUGGUAAAUUGUGUUGCAAUUUUGCAUUAUUCUCCUAUUCCCAAGAUGCGCAGCACAAGGGCGAGUAAGCUAUAGGACCGAUUGGAUACGAAAGGAUUGAAAGUGAUGGACUUUAUGAGUGGCUAACGUUUGAAAGUAGGGCAUAUGAAAAAGAAAGACGAUAACUCUCACAUUAAAUAUGAUGCAUAUUGCAAGUUCCAUCAUUAGAAAAUGAAAACAACGCAAAAACAAAUGUACACAAGUAUCCAACAACAGACAAUUAGCAGAAUGGGAAAAACCACAAACAAACCUAAUCAAAGCAUUGUUAACCGUCACAGGCCUGGUAUUUGUUUGUAGAAAGGAAAAGUGUGCAAAGGGAGUAAUAAUUCGCCAUGCAUCAAAAUUUCGACAUGUUUAGACAAUGUAGUGGGAGGUAAGAAACACAAUUCGGAUGCUGUGAAGUAUGGCGCCUAACGAAAGAAUUACAAAGAAAAAGCCAACAAAAGGAAAGGGUUAGACCAGAGAGAAUGUGUCAAAUUCGUUUUUUUCGGUUCAAGUUUUGUUGAAAUUGUAAAUAUUAAAAUAGAAAAAAAAAUGAUAGAAUAUGAUUUUUAGAUUGUUUCUACGAAACGGCCACAAUGAAUGCACGGGAAUGCUCGGACGAAAAGCCAAGGAAAUGACGAUGUUAAACAAAUAUGUAAAUUGCAAAUAGCGGAAAGGAAGAGGCAUUGGAACGCAUGGUUGACGCCCUGGACAUCGCCAAGGUUUCUACUUACACUGGCUAGUGGCCCCGAUGGUCACAUGGGCUUCGUGCAGGAAAUUGCAAAUCAAACAAACACUAAGCAACAAAGGGUGGACAACUCUCAAGUGAUUGAAAAUCGAAAAUCGUAACCGAUUUAAACGGAACAACGCAAACUAGGAAGUAUAGGUAUUAUAAAUGAAUUGAUUGUAGAUUGUUCAUUGACUGGAGCGGAGAGCUAUAGGGAGACGAGUCUGUUUUGUUAGCACGUGGUUAGAGCGUAUUCGAGGGUUUCGUACCAUGUUUAGUUGAGAACGAAACGGUUUUUCUGAAUAGUUAAACUGUGCCGGGGAAAGGCAACGAAGAUCAGAGAACGUGAAACUGAUUGAUGAUUGAUUGAUUGAUUGAUGAUGUUUAUAAACAUAUUUUUAUCUCACGUUUAGAAGUAUAUACUAUCAAUUAUAUUUUGAGUUGUUUUUGGUACUAUUUUAACUAUUUUACUUUUGCUGAGCGUAAUGAGCGAAACAUAAAAAAAAACAUAAAUAAAAAGAACAUUGAAAUGUGCGCGCUUUUGGUAACUAAAACACACAUACACAACUU